UUUAAAUUUCUGCUUUGAUGAAGAAAACUUGUUGUUAAUUUAUUUACUUAUUUCAUUUUUCUCCUUGUUUACCGGAGUAGAACGGAAAUCGCGAUUCCACUAAUAAAUUGUUGGGAGUUCCCACUUCAGUUCAAUAUCACCGGAUGUUUUAACCAAAUACAAGUAAACGAAGACGUACUCAAACUUGAUUCAACAAUUUGACGGCAAAGAUAUAAGUUGCAAGCUCAAAAUCAGGGCUGCGGAAUUGUGAAGUCAAUCGGAGUUCGUUGAGUCGAAGAGCGGUGUUUUAACGAAAAGAAGAAAUAAUCCAUGUUUAACCCUUUACUGCUAAGUCCGCUCGUAGACGGCAAGUGGUUGCCGUGUGUCUUGCUACCAGGGCUGCGGAGUCGGAGUCGGACUGAUUUUGGGGUAAAUGAGUCGAGAGUUGAAAGUUUUAUACUUCCAAGAGUCGUAGUCAGAGUCGGUCGGAGGGGAACUGAUUUUGGGGUAAAGGAGCCUCAGUCGGAGUCGAAGGAUCUAAUAUUUCAGGAGUCGGAGUCGGUCAUUUUCCCUCUGACUCCUCAACCCUGCACUUAUUUUAUUUAUUUAAUUUUAUAGGAUUAGUAUCACAAAAUCAAGUUCCUAAUACGAGUAAAUUGCGAUAAAUGCGCGAUUGAGGUUUUUUUUUCUCCUUCUUCUCUAGCAGAGCAAUGCUCAUAGUUUAUUCUUAAAUAUUGAAAGCAUGAGUUUAAUCCCCAAAUAGAAUUGAACGUUUAGUUUUGUUUGGUUAAACAUCCCUAAAUAUAGUUUCUAAAGGGACAUCAUUUGAGCGAAAUUCAACUUUAAACAACAGAGUUUUAGUUAGUAAAAACGGUGUGUAACCUUUGCGGGGGGAAGAAUGCUAAAAAAUCAAAGUUUUCAAGCAAAUGAGCAAAAAAAAAAAAAAAAAAAUUUCAGAGACAUGUUUCGCGGCUUCAAGGAACUUUUGUAUCAGUCCGGUGAAAGGCCCAAAGCACUUGUCUGCAUUGCAUUUUCUGCACGUUUAUGCUUGAAGUUUUUAAAUUUUCAAACAAGUGUAAUGCUCAAAAUACGCACUUCGCUUCUUAAAGUGUCAGGACCUAAUUUUGUCUCAUAAGAAAAAAAGGUAAUACAUAUUUUGAAAAUUAAAAUUAGAAAUAAAUAAAUGAAAAAAAAAAAAAAAACGAAAUAGAAAUAAAUAAAUAAUUAGAAAGAAAAUUAAUAAAUGAAGAGAAACCUCAGUUUUGUUUUCGUAACGGAGUGAUGCUUAACUUUAAUUCCUCAAUAUAAAAAACAAACAUUGAGUUCCCAAAUGUGACACACGCGUUUCUAACAGACACAGUGAUUAAACUUAGUUUUUUAAAAAAUGGGAAAGUAGUCGAAGCUUGCUGCCGAAAGGUAAUUGGACGGAAUUUAAAGCUUCGGAUUUCUUUCAUAAAAAUUACUUCUCAAAAUCAAAAACAACCUUAAAAAAAAGAAGGUUAAGGAAGUUUAAAAUAUUUCGUUAGUGGUCUAUGAUUAUUCUUUUAUGUAUCAUUCACAGCUGAUUCUUUCAAUGCCUUCCAAAAAUAAAAAAAAUCGACUCGGGGGGCUAACAAAAUCGACAUUAGUGUACCUGAAGGAUCGAACCGGAUAAUUGCUCGACCGCAAAAAUUCCUCCACAGUGUCUGCGUUGCGGGAAUUUUUCUAUGACUCGCCGGCCCUAAUAUCUCGAAAAGCCUGGAUCAAAACCUAUACAGAAUUAUUACAAAUCGAUUGAAAUUGUUUUUACUCGUGAAAUUUUGUUUUAGCGCGAGAAUAGAUGGUCCUUUGCGUCACGGACAUUUAUCUUUGACAUGAUCGAUUAGAGGUACGUUGCUAGCUAACCAGAUAACAGAGUCCUGACGACCAGCUCGCUUUGCCGUAGCGGUUGGCUUUUCUCAUGUUGUCUUCCCAUGACUUACGACGUAAAACUCAAAAGGAGCAUUGCUCUAAACACCAAUGGGUCUUGGACGUCACGUGUGUCCCCCCGGCGUGACACUAAGAAGUUGUCAACCUCCCCUUUUAAGGAAUUUUCCGUUAUGACGGUUGUCGAUGCGAUCCGUUCCAUUCUCAGGAAAGCCCGACGGAGAGAAAGAGAUGCAGUUGCUACUUCACAAGAGGAAUCUAAGCUCUAUCUUGAACAAGCCGUUUUGGAAGUUGCAGUGCCAGAGUCAAGAUUGAGAGAAGUGAUAGAUCUACCUGCCGGACUAGAUUAUAAUGAAUGGCUGGCUUCCCAUACUAUAGCAUUUUUUGACCACACUAAUUUAGUGUAUGGAACUAUAUCCGAAUUUUGUACUAUGUCAGGCUGUCCAGACAUGACUGGUCCUAAUGGCAGGCAAUAUUUAUGGUUUGAUGAAAAGGGGAAAAAAUGUAAAGUUGCAGCACCUCAGUACAUUGAUUGUGUUAUGACAUUCACUCAGAGGACCUUAUAUGAUGAAACAAUUUUUCCUACUAAAUUUGAUCGGGAUUUUCCUAGUUCAUUUGAGUCUAUUGUGAAAAAGAUACAAAGGCUACUGUUUCACGUCAUGGCUCACAUUUAUCAUGUUCAUUUUAAAGAGAUUUUGUUGCUAAAUAUGCAUGCUCACCUAAAUGCCCUGUUCUCACAUUUUACCCUCUUUAAUGAGCGCUUUAAAAUUGUGGAUGAGAAAGAGACAGAAAUAUUGGGAGACCUUGCUGUUGCUCUCAAACUGUAUGGAGAAAGUACUAGUGUGGAUGCUAGUACUGAAUCAGAGGACAAAAAUAAACCAAGUACAUCAGCAGCAGGUGAUGCUGCUGCAACUGCUGUGAUAGAUGAUGACAAUGCUGAAGAAUCAAUCAAAGACUGCAAUGUUUCAAGGAGUAAGGAUAACACAAAGAGGCCUCCAGCAUAUUCGCAGUCAUCACAGUCAAUUGCCUCCUCAAUCUCCUUGGCCUUACAUUCCCGGUCCAGUUCUGGAAGCCACUCUAGCUCCGGUUCUUGUGCUAUGGACUCUGCUUUAUAUUCCCAUGGCACUCCACCGGCACCUAAUUUUGGUUCCUCACCCCUCAAGUUCUAAUAGAAUCCUAUGUUUUACACCCUGGCCAUCCACUAAUAUUUGCACACCUAUAAGAAGACAUGAAAGUUGAGGAAAGUCUGAAAGCCUGCAAAUGAGCUGCAUAGCAUAUGUCUUGCCAUAAUUGUUCUUAAAUUAUUAAAUGCAUCAACAUAUUUCAUUAUUUUUCAGUUUUCAUACACUGUAGUAUGUAUGAAACUUUUAUGCAUUAUUACUUGGUUAUCUCUUGCUACCUGAUUGCAUGAUCUCAAAAAUAUUUAUUUUCAUGAAGUCAUUUGAUAAAAAUUCAUGUUACUAACUAAACAAAGCACAUAUAUUUUGUUUGUUGUUUUUUUUCCUAUACUAAAAUUUGCUUGCCUGCAGUCUUUCCUCUGUGCCAAUAACAAAUGAUGUCAUCUUAAAUUUGUGCAGCUAGGUUAUAUCACAAAUUGGUAUUUCUUCUUAGCAAGUCUUCAAAUAUAUAUAUAUAGAUAUAUAUAUAUGGAUAUAUAUAUAUAUAUAUAUAUAUAUAUAUAUAUAUAUAUAUAUAUAUAUAUAUAUAUAUAUAUAUAUAUUAAAUGUGAUAAUUUAGGAAAAUUAGAAAAUGAUAAAAGCUUCAAAAGGCAAAUGGUAGUCAUUUUUGUGAACUAUGUAACCCUUGGCUACAAGAUAAAUUAUGUGAAUAACAUUUUUGUACUUAAUUUAAACAAAUUGUGCUAAUGUAUCAAAAUAUGCUUAUUGAUUGAGAGGGUUAUUUAUAUGGAUUGAGCGUUUUUGUGUGCUAUACUUCCAAACCAUGUGAUUAUUUCAAGUGCAAUAGGUAUUCACAUAAUUUAUAAAAUUUCAAGUUGUACACAAGUGUUAUAUAUGUUAAACGUUGGUACAAUUAUGUAAAAUAUUUUUGAGAGUUUAGUUCAUUGUAUGGAAUAUGUUCUAUGCAAUGAGUGUGAGUGACAAUCAUUGCUUUGUAGAUAGACAAAUAAGGUAUUUUCCAUCAGAACUUUCAGAUAAGUGCAGUUAUGAUGAAUAAAAGUAAAACAUUCAAGAUAAUUCAUGUAACAAACUCUAUUAAUAUUUUAUUUAAAAAUUUCAAUAUAUUCCUCUCAAAUUGCCAAACCGAAAUAGUUUUGCUCUUAGAGUACUGCAUUAAUUUGUGCAGUUUCUGCUUGAAAAGAAAUAUGUAAAAAUCGUUUUGAGUUCUUAAAUUCGAUUAAAUAUGAGUGCCUAUAAAAAAAUUAUCGUUAAGUAACUAUUUAAUGGCUGAAAAAGUUCUAUUUUUAAUUUGCCACAUGUGAAUUUCAUAACAUAAUUAGUGCAGUUUCUUGAGUCUUCAGUGGGAGAGUGAAGUAGAAAAUUGUACAUUUCUUCAAAUGUGCCUUCAAGUGUGUAUGAUAAAAAUGCACAAAUUUCGACAAUUCAAAUUAUGCUAGAUGAAAAUCUAACCUAUGCUUUUCAAACUCCAUGUGAAGCAUUUGAGUAUGUUGUGAAUCAACUCAUUGUUAAAUCGUACAUAAUGAGCAACCAGUGUUCAAAAGUCUAAUAUGAUAAAAACUUAAAUUAGUACUCGUUUGCUAUGUUAAGUGCAGUGCCAGGGUGAAAAAUGCUGUUCUUCCAUGAAUUGAUUCUAUGUACGAAGUUUUAACUAUUAUGCUAAUUUUUUGUUGCAUCAAGCAAGAAAUAGCUCUUCAGAGUAUUUUUGCAACACUAAAAGAGUAAAAGUUAGAAUGUGCACACUAAUGACCUAAUUAAUUUUUUGACACUUCCAUUUUGUAUGAAUAAGUUAUUUCACUGUUCUCCUAAUUAACCCAAAAUAAAAUUCAAAAUUCAGUUAAAUUUCAAAAUUAUUCAAUAACAUUAUAUUGGACUUUUGAACAGUUCUGACAGCGUGUUAAGUACAGUAGCUAAUAUGAAUACCUUAUUAUACAAAUUGGAAAUAAGUGUAUGUAAUACUGCAAUUAACCCAUAAACUUUGCAAUAAUUUUUUCAUUUUCCCUCAAAAGUGGAAACUGUACAUGUUUAUUCAACUGAAGAAAAUGUUUUAUCCAUCUCUGUAUGGAUGGCUGGGGUGGUAUACUGUAUGGAUAUUUUCUAUGUGGAUACAGCAGUUGUGAUAGAAUCCAUUGCUAUAACGUUGGCCUUUUGACAAAACAGCAUGGACAUAUUGUAGCAUGUAUGAGAGUUUCAUGAGUCUGUGAUCAUUGUGCAUAGAACUAAUAUUUCUAGAAAUUCUUUCGUUUUUUUCUAUGCCUUGAGUGUUUUCUGCUGUUCUCUGUAAGUAAAAGAAAGAGUAAAAAGGGAAUUAUAUUUCUUGGACUGAUUUACUUUUUAUGUACUGAAAAUGUCGGAAACUAUUACAGUAUUGCUUAGAUUACAAACUUUGCAGGCUUGAAAAUUAUUCUUAGUUUCCUGAAACUGUUUCAUUAGAAAACUGGUCUAUGUCAAGAAAGUACAGUAAUUCAACAAUAGACAAAUUACUUUCCUGUGGAAGAAAAUUUCCUCACUUAUUUAUGCUUUUAUGGGCAUGUGCACAUAUUUUUCUGCAAAUGAGGCGAAAUAAUUGCCUACUUGUGAUGUGUGUGAACUAAUAUAAAAUGUAAUUAUAUCUUUGUUUUCUGUAACAUGUAUUUUAUUUUUGAAAAAUGGUGGCUAGUUUUUUCAGUCACAUUCCCUUUGUUUUCUCAAAUGAGACAUUGGCUUUGGUAGCUUUAUAUAUUAUGAUUUUAGGUUUCUCCCACCUACAUUUGUUAUUAAACUUACAGAUAUCAAAUCCACUAAACUGGAGUCUGAUCUAUUAGAUUAUAUUAUGGCUUUUUUUUAAAUUCGUUUUCUCAUGCACAUAAUAUUUAAACGUCUAAUUUAACAGUUUACAAAAUCAGUAUGGAAGAAAAUUAUACCGAUGAAAGAAACAUGGUUAUGCAUUUACCUAAAACUAAUUAGUUUAACAUUGUAAAAAAGAAUCUAUAGCAUAUUUUUUUCUAAUCGAUUCAAAACAGUAACAUUAUUGAUUGUUAAAACUUUAGGAGAUUUUUGUUAUGAAAUCCAUAGUUUUCUACAGCUAGUUAAGUCGGAAUUUUUUCCUGAAUGCAUGAUCUGUAUCAAAGUUUAAUAUUUUUUAUUCUUUCAUGAAAUGCCUCUUUGAAAUACACUUGAAGUAAUUUUUAUACAGUUAAUUCAUAUUGAAUAUGUAUUUUUGUAUUUUAUUAAAUGUAUAAUUUUCUAUUACAAAAUAUUAUCACUUUGUUUGACUGUCCAAUAUGACUUUGAUUUCAUAUUAGACCUUACUAAUAGUUCAUGUAAAAUUUGUUUACAUUUAAUUUUUUAUGUAUUAAUAAAUGCAUAUUUGAUUAAGUGGGCAAUUGUGAUACUAGUGUACUUUUGUGUAAAGAAACCAGCAAAGAACUAAUUUUAAAUAUUUUUUUUUUACUAAAUUAAUUUCAAUUUGAAUAAUUUGACUAAAAAGUUGGUUUCUUUGCUAUUUUAUGGUAUUCAACUGAUCAUGAGCUGUAACUACUUCCAAGUCAAUACCUCAUUUGUAGGUUUCUAGAUAACUGUAUUUUGAUCUACUGUUGUAACCUAUAUGGUCUCAUAAUGUAUACUUGACCAAAAAUUCAAGUGUUAUCAUGUUUGAGGAGAAAAAGAAAAAUGAGGUUUCUGUACAAAACCAAGAUAUCAGCUGGCAAAUGGAUGGUUGUUAGAGAUUGUGCACAUAAUUCUAGUUUGUUGAGGGACUCAACUAUGUUGCACAAUCUGCACGUGUACAGUCCUGUAACUCUAUGAAAGAUACUAGUCAGAAAAGAGAAAUAAAACUAGCAUGUUAGCU